AUGUCGGACCAGAAGGCAGCAUCGAAGAAGUUUGGCAAGAGUGAGCGGUCGAUACCGCAUCACAGCCAGAAGGCCAGCAAAUAUUACCCUGCUGAGGACCAGUCCGUCCCCAAGAAGGCGCGCAAGUCUGUCCGCCCAGCGAAGCCCCGACAGUCUCUCACUCCUGGUACCGUCGUGAUCCUCCUUGCUGGUCGCUUCCGCGGCAAGCGUGUCGUUCUCUUGAAGCACCUCCCCCAGGGUGUUCUCCUCGUUACCGGUCCCUUCAAAGUCAACGGUGUUCCCCUCCGACGGGUCAACGCCCGAUAUGUCAUCGCCACAUCAACGAAGGUGGAUGUUUCCGGCAUCGAAGAGUCCGUCCUGAACAAGGCCAGCGAGGAUGGCUACUUCACCAAGGACAAGGAGAGCAAGAAGACCGGCGAGGAUGCUUUCUUCAAGCAGGGCGAGAAGCCUGAGAAGAAGGAGGCCUCCAAGGACCGUGUCGCCGACCAGAAGUCCGUCGACAAGGCCCUUUUGGCUACCAUCAAGAAGGAGGCGCACCUCGUUGACUACCUCGCCUCUUCUUUCAGCCUCCGCAGGUCUGACAGGCCACACGCAAUGGUCUUCUAA